AUGUAUUGUGGCCUUGAUCUGAUCGGCUUUGUCUGGCAUCGCCUCGAAGGGAAUUUCGUGGAUGAAGAGCUCAUGAUGACCGUCGUUGGGAAUGCCGAGCACGGGAGGGCAAUUCUGGACCUUCUCUGGCAAUGGACCGGCGAUCUCCCAAUAACCUCUGAAAUUGCAAAGUUUUAUGAUGCAGCGAAAGCAGGAAUCAAGUCGGAGGUCCAGAAUCCUCUAGAAGCGGGCGUGAAUCCUGAUUUACCGAACAUUCACGGAGCGACUCCUCUCCGGCAGGCUGCGGCCCGCGGACAUGUUACAGUGGUUGAGAUCCUCCUCACAACCGGUAUGGUCGAUGUCAAUUCGCCCAAUACUGAGCGUCAAAACCCAAUAUUUUUUCCGGCAGAGCAUGGAAUAGCUGUUGUAACUAACCUGUUGCUGAAACACGGGGCGAAUCUUCAUGUGCCAGACGUGAAAGGGAACACGCCAAUAGUUAUCAUUGGCGAGAAAACAUAA